GACUUUUUUACUGGUCUUAUAACAGGAAAGCUCCUUUACAGUUAAUUUUGUCCUACAGUAGAAAUGCCUUCUUUAUUGCUGGGUGUCUUUCGAUAGGUUACAGGAAAAAUCAGUAAAAGUAUUAGAAGUUGUUCCUGAUUGCUUAGAUGUUUCUGUUUGUCACUCUUCAUAGCUCCAGAUCACACUCAUUCUACCUGCCCCUAAAGACGCCCUCCUCUUCCCUCAUUGGCAGCACGUUCAUUCUCCUGAUGGAACAGUCUUGUCUGGUUGUGGACAUUGGCAGUGCCUAUUGCAAAGCUGGAUGGGCUGGGGGAAACUAUCCCCUAGUAAGAGUCCCCUCAGUUGUGGGACACUUACCCUCCCCACAAAACCCAAACCCAAGACCAGGACCAAGCCUUAUUCGGACGAGAGUACUAGUAGGCUCCAACAAAUUGCCAAUUAUUAAGGAACUGCCUACGGAAUUUAUCAUCAACCGGGGUACCAUCACCAACUGGGAUGCCAUGGAGUUUGUGUGGCGCCAUAUCUUUACGGAGCUUAACAAUACCCCUAAAGACCAUCCUCUGCUGGUAACAGGACUCCUACUGAAUGACGAGCAUUGUCGGCAGAAGAUCACAGAGGUCAUGAUGGAGACCUUCAAUGUUCCUUCUUUGCACAUUGGCAACCAGGCAGAACUUGCUUUGUUUGGCUCUGGUCUCUUGACUGGUAUGGUAUUAGACUGUGGGGCUGGCCUCACCCACAUUGCACCCAUCUUUGGAGGCCAAAUGAUCUCCAAUGGCACACUGGUUUAUAACCUUGGUGGGAUAGAUAUCAGCUCAUUAUUAUAUAAGUCUCUGAUCAACAGAGAUGCAGACUUGAAUCACUUCAUCAUGAGGGAAGCCAUGGAGGACCUCAAAGAGAAGAUAUGUUAUGUGAGCAAAAACCCUGAUCAAAGGAAUCUUCUAGUGAUGUGACCUCUAUGCAAGAGAGAAUUUCUGUGCUUCCUGAUGGGACCAUUGUCUCUCUUACUGAAAAACAUCUUACUUACCCUGAUGUCCUCUUCAAUCCUUCCCAAUUUGGCUUGCCAGGAGAAGAAUUAAGUGAUAAAGUUAUUAGAUCAGCCUUAUCAUGUGGUUGGGAUUUCAAAUCCAUACUUUCUCAUGUGGUUCUUUCUGGGGGCAGUACCCUCUUUGAUGGCUUCGCAGAGCGUCUUUUCUGUGAAUUGCGUAGAACUAGACGUGGCUUUUGGCCAAGUGAUGUGAUAUCCCUUCCAAAUCGGAUUGACCUCCCCUGGAUAGGGGGCUCCAUGUUGUCUUGCCUGUCAACCUUUAAGUCCUGCUGCAUAACCAGAGAAAAAUAUGGUGAGGCAGGGGCAGCUGCACUCCAAUAGGGUACUUCUUCACCAAGAUUUUCACAAGAAAGACCAUUUGAGAUAUAAUGACUGCUUGGGUAUAGACAACACUUGGUUCCUGAGGAAGCAUCAUCUUCUAGGGUUAUAGCUUUUGGCUCUUGGAUUAGCUCAAGGGUUCUAUCCCUGGGGUUUUCUUUUUAAUACCCCCCUCCCCCCCUCACUGGCUCUGGUUAUGGCCUGAAAUUUUGGCUGAUAAUGGGGCUUGAUUUAGAAAUUCGGGAAGAGAUGUUUCUUAGGUGUUGGUUGGGAAAGCUGGAUCAAAAUCCAACAGUUGUGAGAUUUCAAAAUUUAGUCCACGUCUUAUCUGGAAAAAUCAUUUUGAAGUGCUAUGAAGAGGUUAGGGCAGGAGAGAUCCCAUCCCUCACCCUAAAUGGAUGCUUUCUUGGGGAGAGGGCAAAUCUUAUCUCCUCCCAAAAUGAGGCUGCCUACAGUUUUUGGUAAGGAUAUAAGGGUGGAGAGAGAAUGACCUUCCCAUUACUUGGAAGAUUCAGGGUGGUUGGGCUUUCUCUAGAAAGCCUCAUCCCUUUCCUGAAAUUCGGUGAGUUGGUCCAUCUCCCUUCAUCCUCCACCUCUUUUCUUGAAUCCCAUCAGAGAACAGACAUGUAAGUAUUUAAGACUAAACCAGCCCUUUUCACAUGCUUUUCAGUGCCUUAACUUUCCAGACUGUAGUCUGGGGGGCAACAGAGAGAG